CAAAGACGAGGUGUUUCGUUUUCACUCUCCCAUGCACUCCCUGGAGGAUUGCGAAGAGAGCGAGAGACAGAGAAGGGGGAGGGGGGUUCUCGGGGUUUGCAAGACCAACUGAAUUCGUGAAAGGGAUCUCUCCAAUCCAAGAGAAUCUGAUAUUUGUUCAAGUUAAUUUGAGGCGGAGAGGAUGAUGGCGAUGAAGGAGUUGAAAGACGCUGUGAAUUUCGGCUGUACAAAAGAAUUCUGGAGGAUGGCUGUGUUAUGGACCAUCUCUCUCCUCCUUUCCUAUUUGCACUUGUUUACUCAAACCCUAUUUUCCCGGAAACCUAUUUCAUACCCUCGCCAUUCUCCUUUGCCAACACCGACAACAUCAGCAAGACCCGUCUGCAUCAUCACCGGCGCCACAUCUGGGUUGGGUGCUGCAGCUGCAUAUUCUCUCUCAAUUGAAGGAUUCUUUGUCGUUCUUGUGGGACGGUCAUCUUAUUUGUUGUCAAAGGUUAAGGCUGAGAUUAGAAGACGAAAUAAGUAUGCCCAUAUAAAAACAUUUCAGGUUGACUUAUCAUCUUUUCAGUCAAUUUUGAAGUUUAAGGAAACCUUUGAGCUUUGGCUUCUGCAUUCAGAUAUGCACUCCUCGGUUCAACUCCUGAUAAACAAUGCUGGGAUGUUGGCAACAUCAGCUAGGCUCACUGCUGAAGGCUUUGAUGAGAUGAUGGCUACCAAUUAUAUUGGUGCUUUUUCACUUACCAAACUUCUAUUGCCACUUCUCGAGAACAGCCCUGUUGCUUCCCGAAUUGUUAAUGUUACAUCCUUCACGCAUCGUACUGUAUAUGACAGGCGAUUGGAUCGGCAAACUGUUUCUGGAAUUACCUUCUCAAGAUUUAGAAGAUACCCGUGUGCUCAGAUUUAUGAGUAUUCUAAACUUUGCCUACUACUAUUCUCUUAUGAGCUUCAUCGACAAUUGAGUGCAAAGGGAUCUCAACAGGUAUCUGUCAUAGCUGUUGAUCCUGGAGCAGUGAAAACUAAUAUCAUGCGAGAAAUUCCGACGAGUAUCUCUUAUGUGGCUUUUUUUGUUUUGAAACUUCUGGGCCUUCUGCAGUCACCUGAAGAUGGAGUCUGUUCUAUUCUUGAUGCAGCUCUAGCCUCUCCUGAGACAUCGGGAGCUUACUUUUUUGGAGGAAAGGGCCGGACUAUAGAUUCUUCUGCGCUUUCUUAUGACACGAAUCUGGCGAAGGAACUUUGGGCUACAUCUUGUGAUCUGUUCCAAGAGUCAGAGCUGGCCUCUAAAGAUACUCCAACUUGAAGAGAUACAAAUUUCACAUCCAAAAAUGGCGUCCUCGGUGCAGAAGACUCCCAUUUUGCAAGGGUUUUGGGGGGAGGGAAGGUAUUUGGGUUGUUCCACCAGUAUGCAGAUUCUGCAGAAAGGGAAUGUUUGGCCUGCAAAUUAUACAUUUAUCAUGCACUUUUCCAGUUGUCCACGUCUGCUUCUUGUUGCAGUAGACUUUUUAUUUAACAUUUAUGUUCUUUUUGAGGACUCUCCUUAUCUAUAGCUGUGACACUUUACUUGGAACAUACAAUCAUGGUAAUUUAUAAGCAUAUUAAGUCUCCCAUCCUUAUUCAUAUUCCCUGUUCACAAUCAGAAUAAGUUUUAUUUAAAUAUGAAUUUGAGGACUAUCUAACACUUCUCCCUUCA